AUGAACGAAUAUAGGACUGAUUUCGAAAAGUUAUGCUAUGCAUGUAGAGUAGGUGAUUUAGAAAAUGUAGAUAGAUUAGCAGCGGCUGGUGUUAAUUUAAAUGGUGUGGAUAAUUUUGACAAUUCACCUUUAUUCUUAGCAAGUUUAUGUGGUCAUGAAGAAGUUGUAAAAUUAUUACUAGAAAGAGGAGCAAUUUGUGAUAGAGAUAGAUACGAAGGUGCUAGAUGUAUUUAUGGUGCACUAACAGAUAUAAUAAGGGAUAUAUUAUUAGCUUAUGAUAUUUCAAAAGCGGUUGAUACGAGUCAACCAUUUGCUACUCAUAUAUCUUCUUUAUUAAGUGAGGAAGAAUUUUUAACUAAUGGCUUAAAAUUGGUAUUUAAACAAGAUAACGAACAUAUCGAUAUCCAUCAAUUUCUUUUAAAAGCUAGAUGUGUUGAAUUGUGGAAGACAUUUUUCAGUGCUUCUAAUAAAUUUAUUCCAACCUUCUAUGUUCCAACUAACAACCGAUUAAAGAUAUUUACCUUAAUUAUAAAAUUCAUUUAUUUAAUACCUGUAAUCCAUGAAAUCAAGACAACAGAAUAUCCAGAAUUGAUAGAUUUAUCUAAAGAGUUGAAGCUAGAGACAUUAUCAAACUUCCUUGAUAAAUUAAGACAUGUAACUGAUCCAUCUGAAAAAUCAUCAAUGAUUAUAGAAUUUCAAUUUAGAGUUACAGAGGAAGCAAGACUACAACUCUGUAAUUUUGUAGAAAAUAAUAUAUUUUUGAAUACAAUCGAUCCAAAGAAUUUAAAAACUGCAAACACGCCAGCAAGUUAUAAUUCGAAAAUUAUAGAUCCCUCUGCUGAUAUCCUAUUAUUGGCGAAAGACAGUUCAGAUACAGAAAGAAUAUACCCGUGCCAUAUAUCUAUUUUAUCAAGAGCACACUACUUCCAAGUAUUAUUUUCUUUACCUUUCAGUGAGAACCAUAUGUUUCGAAAAUUAAAGAAUAACAAUGACAGCGAUGCUUUCUCAAAUUUGCCAGUUAUCUCACUUCCUCCAUGUGAAUUCAUAGUUGCUGAAAUAGUGAUACGAUAUCUGUACUAUGAUGAUUCUGAUAUACCUUGGGAAUAUUCCAUCGAUGUCCUAUUAAUUGCAGACUUUUUGUUAGAAGACAGAUUAAAGUCAAUGUCAGCCAUUGUAAUUACACAGGAUCCCCAGGUACUGAAAAAUUACUCCAUAUUUGAAAUCUUAGAUGUAGCAUGGCAAACAAGAAUGGAGAGACUGGAACAUUUUGUUGCAAAGAUACUAGCAAAAGAUAUCAGAAAGUACUAUAAAUCUGAAGAAUUCAAAGAUGCAAUAAUGAAGAGUUCUAAACGAAUUUCUGAAAGGGAAGAAACCGAUACAAUUGAGUUGGUAGAUGAUAUUAGAUAUUAUCUUCUUGAAAAGUACUCAUUAGAACCCGAUGACAUCCAAUAUUAUGAAACUGUUGAUGAUAUUAGAGAACUUCAAUCGGCCGGUAUAUUAGACUACAGAAAAGAUCUUGAUUUAAUUGACCAAGUUUUGCAUAUAUUGCAUCUAAAUGCCUAA